UCAGUCCCUUCGCAAUUCCCUCACUCUCUCUUCUAACCCUACCCGUCGGAAGAUCCAGAGAGUAGAGCGAGUAGAAACCGAAACCCGACCCGAUGGCUCUCUGCGUCGAGAAAAACAGCUCCGGCCGCGAGUACAAGGUCAAGGACAUGUCCCAGGCCGACUUCGGCAGGCUCGAGAUCGAGCUCGCCGAGGUCGAAAUGCCCGGUCUCAUGGCCUCCCGGGCCGAAUUCGGCCCGGCCCAGCCCUUCAAGGGAGCCCGCAUCACCGGAUCUCUCCACAUGACCAUCCAGACCGCCGUCCUCAUCGAAACCCUAACCGCCCUCGGCGCCGAGGUCCGCUGGUGCUCCUGCAACAUUUUCUCCACUCAGGACCACGCCGCCGCCGCCAUUGCCCGCGACAGCGCCGCCGUCUUCGCCUGGAAGGGCGAGACCCUCCAGGAGUACUGGUGGUGCACCGAGCGCGCUCUUGACUGGGGCCCCGGCGGAGGCCCAGAUCUGAUCGUCGACGACGGCGGUGACGCCACUCUUCUGAUCCACGAGGGUGUCAAGGCCGAGGAGCUCUUUGAGAAGACCGGGCAGCUACCCGACCCGUCUUCCACCGAUAACCAGGAGUUCCAGCUGGUUCUCACCAUCAUCAGAGAUGGCUUGAAGACCGACCCCAAGAGGUACCACAAGAUGAAGGACAGGUUGGUCGGUGUUUCCGAGGAGACCACCACCGGAGUCAAGAGGCUCUACCAGAUGCAGGCCAGUGGCACAUUGUUGUUCCCUGCUAUCAAUGUCAACGACUCUGUUACCAAGAGCAAGUUUGACAACUUGUAUGGUUGCCGUCACUCUCUUCCUGAUGGUUUGAUGAGAGCCACUGAUGUUAUGAUUGCCGGAAAGGUUUCUGUUGUCUGUGGAUAUGGUGAUGUUGGAAAGGGUUGUGCUGCUGCCCUCAAGCAAGCUGGAUCCCGUGUGAUCGUGACUGAGAUUGACCCAAUCUGUGCUCUUCAGGCUACUAUGGAGGGUCUCCAGGUUCUUCCCCUUGAGGACGUUGUCUCUGAGGCUGACAUCUUUGUCACCACCACCGGAAACAAGGACAUCAUCAUGGUUGACCAUAUGAGGAAGAUGAAGAACAAUGCCAUUGUUUGCAACAUUGGGCAUUUUGACAAUGAGAUCGACAUGAUUGGACUUGAGACAUACCCAGGAGUGAAGCGCAUCACCAUCAAGCCUCAAACAGACAGGUGGGUCUUCCCUGAGACCAAGUCUGGUAUCAUUGUGUUGGCUGAGGGCCGUCUCAUGAACUUGGGUUGUGCCACUGGACACCCCAGCUUUGUGAUGUCCUGCUCUUUCACCAACCAGGUGAUUGCUCAGCUUGAGUUGUGGAAUGAGAGGAAGACCGGCAAGUAUGAGAAGAAGGUCUAUGUCUUGCCCAAGCACCUUGAUGAGAAGGUUGCUGCUCUUCAUCUUGGAAAGCUUGGAGCCAAGCUCACCAAGCUCUCCAAGGACCAAGCCGACUACAUCAGCGUUCCAAUUGAGGGUCCAUACAAGCCUGCUCACUACAGGUACUGAAAGGCUUCCAGGGAGAUGAGAACUAAGAAGAACUUUAUAUUUGGACGGGCUGAAUAUUUUUUUUUUAUUUUUUUGUUUCAUUUACAUUUCGAAUGAGUUGUGCUAGAACUCUAGGUGCUUAAUUUUGUUAGUAGUUUUUGUGGUGGGCAAGGUAUGGUUGGGAAAGCUAUGGAUGAUUAGGUCUCGCUUGAAGACCUGGGAUGGGGUUUGAAUAAGGAUUGAAAGGUGGGAUGUGUGGGAUAUAUCUGCUGCGGUAUUUGUUUGGCUGCAUCUGUUUAUCCAUUUACUAGCACGAAAAAGAGUUCUAGAAAAAAAAAUGAAUUAAAGUGCUUCAUUUAGAAUUUUGGUUCAA